GGUGACUUCUCUCUGGUUGUGGAAGCUUGGCACGACACUACCCUGGAUAGCCCUAAACAAGAGUACCGAAAUAUCUUGAUUGCACGUUUGGCAGAAAUCAAAAGCGCCGCCUCUGGAAAGAAUUGGUACAACUUUGAACACGACUUCAACUACACAGUGCUCAAGUACGCCUUCCGGUUCACCUGCGACAGCAACUAUUACGGAGCCAACUGUGCUGAUCUCUGCCGGCCCCGGGAUGACAGCUUUGGCCACUACACCUGCAGUGCAAAUGGCACUAAGGUGUGUCUGGACGGCUGGACUGGCGACUACUGUGACACGGGUGAGUGUCGUGUGGGCUGGCAGGGCAAAUUCUGCAAGGAAUGUAUCCCCUACCCCGGAUGUCAGAAAGGCCGCUGUGAGAAACCCUGGCAGUGUAACUGUGAAGAAGGCUGGGGUGGUCUUUUCUGCAACCAAGACUUGAACUUCUGCACGCACAACAAGCCUUGCAGAAAUGGUGGCAUUUGUACCAACACGGGUCAAGGUGGUUACACGUGUACAUGCAUGGGCAGCUACACGGGAGUCAACUGUGAGCGCGAGGUGGAUGAUUGCAAGAGCAAGCCCUGCAUUAACAAUGGAAUCUGCAAGGAUAUUGGAAACGGAUUUCAGUGCCAGUGUGCUCAAGGUUUCUAUGGCCGGCAGUGUGAACGAGAAGCCAUGUCUUGUAAAACCAACCCUUGCAUGUAUGGGGGAACUUGUGUGGAGGACGAGGGCUCCUACUACUGCCUCUGCCAACCUGGCUACAAAGGAUUCAACUGUGACACAGAGGUCAACGAGUGUGACUCCUCACCAUGUCUCAAUGGUGGUCGAUGUAUUGACCAACCUAACGGUUACCGGUGUGUUUGUCCUGUUGGAUACAGCGGCCAAGACUGCCAGAACAACGACGACGACUGCCACCAAAAACCUUGCCUCAACAACGGCAUCUGCAUUGACCUAGUCAACGACUUCCGCUGCCAGUGUGUGCCAGGUUUUGUGGGUACCUUGUGCCAGGAUAAUGUAGAUGAAUGUGAACUCCGACCCUGUGCCAAUGGCGGCCGCUGCACGGACCUUAACAACGAUUUCCGCUGUGAUUGCGCACCAGGUUUUGAAGGCAAGGACUGUAGUUUGAAAAUUGACGAAUGCAAAAGCAAUCCUUGCCUCCAUGGAGGCAUCUGUAAAGAUUUACUGGCAGACUAUUCAUGCUCAUGCCCCAAAGGAUAUUGGGGGAAAAACUGUCAUAUUUACGAGGGCGCCAUUUACACUGAUGCAAGCAGUGAUGGAACUAGCCAACGAAGUGUAACUGUUCGACAUCCUAGCACAACUGCUGCUAGUGCUGAUUCUCAUGGUCAGAUUGCCUCUAGUAUGCAGGAUAAUGACUCUGACGAGGAACUAAGCACUGCCCAGCUCUUGAUUAUUGUCUGUCUUGGCAUUGGAAUCCCAAUAAUUGUGUGCAUCGUGGUUGUCAUCAUCCUCUUGUGCCGAAAGAAGUCCUACCUUCAGCAACGGCAUACCCAGCAGCAGAAUCUGGAGAAUAUCGCUCGAGAGAAGGAGCAACACUACAUCAACAACAUCAACAAAUCUGGAGAUAUUUUCACAACUCUUCCUACAUCCUCUUCCAACAUCAAGAUCAGCAACGAGGAUCAACAGGAUAUCAACAAGCUGAAAAUCAAGCAUUCCAAAUUCAGCUCUAGCAGCCUCAGCAGUCCUGAUGGAGGAGGCAGCCUGGAGGAUUUGCCUCAAAAGCUGCAGACAUCCAACAGCAAGCAGUUUCUCCACAACCUGGUGGUUCAGCAACUACCAUCCACAUCCUUCUCUCCCAGUUCCUUUUCUACAUCGAUCCAGGCUUGCCCCUUAAAAGAUGACCAAAACAGUGACUAUGAAAAAGUAUAUCAGAGGUUUACUGUGGAUACAUUGGCGACAGAUACAAGAAGAUUGCCUAGGUAA